AAUAGCAGGGAAAAUCGGAGAAUCUCCUCUCUCUCUCUCUCUCUCUCUCUCUCUCCAUUUCUAGGGGUUUUCCGAUUCCAAGAAAUAGAAAAAACUUUCGCAUGUCCUCUACCGAUGAGAGCUGUUUUCUGUGAGUUUUCAUGGUAUGCAAGCUAGACAAGUUCUUCCCAUCGAAGGCGAGUGGACCUCUUCUGGGAUUUUGAUGGAUCUAGGGUUCUGAAGUUAGGUUAAGUAGGGGAGUUCUUUCGUCGUUUGCACCGAUUCUUGCCAUUUGAUGUUUAAGCUACCUGAUUCUCAUGAUGAAUUUCUUCGAUUUUCGGCAACUUGAUAUUGGAAUUGCUUUCAUUAAGGUAAUUAGGGCUUAGAAAGGUCAAAAGAUGCGAUUCCGUCUCUUUUAUCAGGCGUCACCUGAAAAUUAAUGCACUUGAUUUUGAUGGUGUUUUUAAUUUCUGAGAGGCUGAAAAAUGUUGCAUUUUUUUUCAUGUUCGUAAUGAGCAAUUCCAUGGUUUUAUGUCGGAAAUUUUUCCUAUUUGACCAUAUCAGAUCUCAACAGGGAUUCCAUUCUUGUAAUGCAUUGAACUCGAUGGUUUUGUUCAGUAAUAGGAGGAAACAGCUUUGCAGGUUGAUUCCAAAUGCAAAAAAUAGCAGAUCAGGGAAGAGAACUUGGUGGCAGAAAUUCUUUCUUGAUGAAGAUUGGAAUUGGUUAGGUUUGACGAAGGAUGAUUUGUCGGACGAACCUGAAGGCUUGAGUGCAGAAACAGAGGGCGAUGAAUUAUCAGAGGAAGAAAGGUUUGAAGCUUGGAAGAGGCGAGUAGAGACGAUUUCAGAGUUGCAAGAGGCACAGGAAGAUGUGGAAAAUGCGGAGAGUCGGGCAUGGAAUGAUUGGCUUGAUGGGGGAUUGACUACCUUGGAUAAUUCCUCUUGGGAUCAAGAUUGGGGAGUGGGGCUUGAGGGAGGAAAGCGAGAGAUCCCUACAGAUCCAAGCAAGUUAAUUCCUGAGAAGGAGAUGGCUGGAGGUAUGAGGGAUUUAGUCCUUGGAAACAAUGAGGAUGAAUUUAUAUAUGAAGACAGGGUUUUUCAAUAUGCUUCAUCUAGCUCGGCGAAGUUCUUGGCAUUCUUGGUCCUCAUACCAUGGGCUUUAGAUUUUGUGGCUCAUGACUACAUUCUCAUGCCAUUUCUAGACAGGUAUGUGAAGACCGUUCCACUUGCAGCUGAGAUGCUUGAUGUGAGAAGAGAUCAAAAACUUGAGAUGAUAAAGACUCUAAACAUUGAGAAAGCAAGAUUCCGCUUUGAAUUAGAGAUUGGUAAAUCUCCUCCUCUUUCUGAUGAGGAGGUUUGGCUGGAGUUGCGGCAUAAAGCGAUAGAGUUGAGAGAUGAAUGGAGGUUAGAGAAUAGGAAAACAUUUGCCAAUAUAUGGUCAGAUAUGGUCUUUGGAAUUGCAUUAUUCAUUCUUAUAUACUUCAAUCAGAGCAAGGUAGCUUUGCUGAAAUUUACAGGAUACAAAAUAUUAAACAAUAUUUCAGAUACUGGGAAGGCAUUUCUUAUUAUUCUUGUUACAGACAUUUUUUUGGGGUAUCAUUCUGAAUCUGGUUGGCAGACUUUGAUUGAAAUAAUUCUGGAGCAUUAUGGACUUGAAGUUGAUCAGGCUGCAAUAACCAUUUUUAUUUGCUUUGUUCCAGUUAUUAUUGACGCCUGCGUGAAGCUUUGGGUACACAUCAAAAUUGCAGCCUCGUUGCAACAUAGAUGACCACAACUUUUGUUCAAAUUCCUUCCUAGAUUAUCUCCAAAUGUCACAAAUAUCUUCCGAGAAAUGAGGCGUCAUUAGCAAGAGAUCUUGUUUGGAUUUUGUCUGACCAUCGUAGAAACCAUCGGACAAGGUUCCUGUUGCAUUAUGUGAGUUUGGUGCACUUGCAAUUAUCAGUCUAAUGAGGUGGGCAUUGCCAUAUUGCAAUUUCCUGAACAUUUAUAUUACAAGGGUCUUUAGUCCGAAUUGCAAUCAUCUUAAUUUUUAGUUGGACUUGACCGCAAUCAGAGGGAUACUUCCUAAUUAUGAUUACUUGGAAACAUCAUAAGAUUUUGUCAUUAUCUCUUGAUUAACUGAAUAAUCACAAUUCAAUUCAUGGAUUCAUCCAAACGCAACUAUGCUGUUAUCACUUUCCCUCUUUCUUUUCUUCCGUAUCCAUAUAUGAGAUCUUGGAUUUAAAUAAUACAAAUGAUCUGUCCAGGUUUCAGGGUUCUUGAAAUGCGGCUCCUUAAUAUUGCUAGUAACUGCAACUGCGGUUCCAUACCAAUCUUUGCUUCUUCACAGGCAUUAUCCAAUGUAUUAAUGUAACUCAGAAUGGUAAUGUAAAUUUGUAGAAGCAUAUAUUAUUUUAUUUCAUGCUAUAUGAAUUUUUGUAUUAGCUUUUGCACUCAAAGACUUUUUCUUGAAAGUACACUGCAUUUAAUCUUAAUCAUUGUGAUGUGUCAAGUGGGAUUUUAGGAAGAUUUAUCGCCAAUCAAACAAUGCGAGAUGCUGGAGAAAUUGAAAAGAAUUUACUAUGAAAUUUACAUGCUUGUUUUGAACUAGA